AUGGGUUGUUGCGUUAGCACCACCAGCAAAUCAGCAGCUCCAAAUCCUUACACUUCUAAAUCACCACCUCCAUCACUAGAAGAAGAAACAGUCAAAGAAGUCCUUUCAGAAACUCCCGCAAUUCCCAAACAAAUAACAUCUAUAAUUCCGAAAUUCCAAGAAAAUCAGCAAAAUAAAGUUCCAUUUAUAAAGUCUUCACCAUUAUUGCCGGAUUUUCCGGAGAUCCCAGAUGAAAAGAAGCAAAAUGAUGGAGUUUUAAAGAAACCCUUUGUGGAUUUCAACAAUGAUGAAGCGUCUGAGGAAUUUUCUGAGAUCUGCAGCACCAUCAGCGAGAGUGUAAGCGUUUCAACAUCUGUUACGGAAAAGAGAGAAAACAAUGAAAAUGUGAAUGCGUUCAGGCAGAGUGCACUGCCGAAAUUCAAAAAUCGGUCACUCUCUGGUGAGAUGACAAGGGAAAAAAUGAUGGGGAAAUCUCCAAGGAGGAGAUCCGAGCCCUCUCCUGGCCGAGCUAGAUCCGGACCCGUGACCCGAAGAAAUGGUCCUACCUUACCUGGAUGGAGGGAGUCGAGGGACAGCGGGGAGAGCUCCUGCCGGAGGUCUAUGUCGCCAGUGACACGUACGCAUACUGUGCCAGAGAAAACGGGUCUGACCCAUAACCAAUUGGUACGCAGGACCGGAAAGUCUCCUUGUCGGGUGGGGUCCGUGUUGAGUGAGAGAACCCAGAGGUUGGAUGCAGGUGAUGAAAUUACAGACAGUAGCGAAAGCAAGUGGCCACCGACUAGUACUGAGUCACUUGAAAAUCCACUUGUAUCCUUGGAAUGCUUUAUAUUUCUGUAA